CAGCCACUGGUGAGACCACACUGACUUUUGCUAUUCCAGGUUGGCUAUAAGAACCUCUCACCUUCUCGAGCACACUCUGAGAGGUGCGGCAACACAAACACCCUCAUUCUUCCUUAUCAUGAAGGGUAGUUCCCUUGAGGCUAGCCACAACUCUUCACACCCUUCAUGCCUCUGCAUUCUUAUGGUCAGGGUUCGAGUCUAGUCCAAUGACCGGACUCUCCUCCAUCUAUCUAUCUUACCUUCGCUGCCCUCCUUCAUCUCGCGGCAUAAACCCAUCCUUACUGUAGGAACGCUACUAUUACAAUAUCCUCAGGACAUCCAUUGUUAAAUGAGCUGUUUGUUCCGCACUCAUCAUCACCUGACAUUAUAUAACUACUCAGUGGUCCUUCACCAUGUCCUGUGCACGGCCCGAAGAGGCAAGCCUCCCAACCUUUUUAUCCAAAUACCAGAUCAACACAUCGCCUCAUUUUUACUUCCAUCACAUCAUCAACGAGGAAGAGGCGACCCUCACGGUCGAAGUCACUGGCGCCAAUCUGUCACACAUCUUCACGCACUCGCGUGCAAAGCAGUUGAUGAGCGCCUCGGUCAUUAAAUCAUCAUUAGACCGCAAGACCGUGGGGUUUUCAACACUUGCCCAUGGCGCCAACCGUCACAUAAUGGCGUGGGCCGAGUCUGGCCAUGGUUCAGGUUGCAUAGGGGACGUGCUAGACGCAGAUGCGCCCGUGCUACACAACACCCUCUGGACACGGCGAACGAUCCAUAUGGGCACCAUCCUAGGGUUGGCUAUGGCGCGGCCUUUCGACAAAAUGGGCGGGAUCCGAGGUGUGAACCACGACGACCUCAAGGGGGUCUUCCUGGGUGCUCAUGUUGAGGCCAAGCUCGCUGUACACGCAGUAUGCCUCAUGCUGCGCCAUUUCAAGGUCGUAAAAGACCUGAACAAUAUCACAGUGGACGACCUCCAGGCGCUCCAGGAAGUGAAAUUCAAGAACGGAGAGAAGCCAGCAUUCGAGAUCUACUUUUCUCGCAAGAAUUGUGCACCGUGUGGUAAUCUUGUCCUUCGGCUGGUCGAGAUGACUGGCAUCGACAUCAAACUGAAUUGGAGGCAUCGCCUCACCCGGAUGGUGUAUAACCAACCGUCGAGAGCCGUCCAAAAGAAGGCGAGGCGGCACGCGAUCCUCAUAGAGGACGACCAGGCAGUCGAUUUUGAAGAUUUUGUCAUCAUAGAAGACGACGACGUCUCGGACGUCGAGACGGUCGAGGGCUCCUCGCCCGACAAGGCCGUCGAUCUAACGAGAGACGCCACUUCACGUCGAUCUAUAGAUGAGAACGCCUUCUUUGAGGAGAUGCAGUCGUACGUCAUGAAAGUGGACGGCCCAUCAUCAGCUGCAGUUGACGCCCCGCUGCCACGACAGCGAUGGUUGACGCAAGUUCAACGAGAUGCCGAAGCGCGGGACAUUCCUAAGCCCUUUCCCCCUACGCCAGUCAUGAAGCUCCCCGAGGAGCUAGCCACCAAUAUCGCGACACGAUUGAGAAUGAGAUUGGAGCGGCAGAACGCUGAGCGGAAAGAGGCGGCUCGCUUGUCAGGGGUCAGGGAGCGUCCUCCCGCGCCAUACAGCUCGAUGACGGACACGCCUAGUCACCCGUCACUAUCUUUCCACGGCCUUAGAAAGCCGAUCGACGAGGUCACAGAGUGUACACCCAAGCCUACGCGCAGACAACGCCAGGCUCGCUUCGCGGAUAUGUUGCCGAAAAUCGGUGUUUUCGACACACCAGACCAGACGCAUCGCGGCAACAAGUUCAAACACUCUGUGUUUGACGAGGAGAAUAAUGAAGAAGAAGAUUCCGUGGCGGACGACACUCCUACAAGAGGUGUGAGGAAAGCCGUCAUCUUGACAGCUGGUGGUGGUUCGGAAGGCGACAUCCCGCCAUUUUGAUCACGCUGUACGCGAACUCGAGGCUUCGUUCCAACCGAAUUCUUGCUAAUUAACGUGCGCAAUACGAUUCAUGAGAAGUAACACGACGGAAGGAUAUGAUUUACGAAGACGAAGACACAUUGGUAUGAGGGACAUUAC